UGUGUUCCGCUUAAAUAUUUCUAAGAAUGUAUCAGCAACGUAGUUGGAAAAAAAUCUCACAAUUUCCAAUUUUAGUUAUCAAUCAACAAUCUCAUUUGAAUUGAAGUUAUACGAAGAUAAUUUAAAGAAAAUUUUACAAUUUGACCAAAAAAUGGAGCUACUAUUUGUUGCCAUGUUGGCAUUUUUCCCCAUCGUGUCAGCGAACAGCGAAACCGAUUCAAACGACGACAAUUCACAACUCGAAGAUCCUGAGAGUAAUUGUACAACUAUCGAUUGCAUCCAUACUGAUGUAUAUAUUGGCUGGAUGUAUGAUCAUAUAUAUCCGAAGAGCUACGAAUGGAUCUUAAUUGCCAUGCAUUGUGUUGUGUUUGUCAUUGGCCUCGUGGGUAAUGCUCUGGUCUGCCUUGCCGUUUACAGGAACCAUACAAUGCGAACUGUCACUAACUACUUCAUAGUCAAUCUAGCCGUAGCCGAUCUACUUGUCAUAAUCGUCUGCCUACCGCCAACGAUCGUCUGGGAUAUUACGGAGACGUGGUUCUUGGGUCUCUUGCCCUGCAAAAUUAUUCUUUACUUACAGGUAAUUAAAAUGACUAAAGUUACUUAUUCUCAUGCUAACGACGUAUAG